AUGGCAGUUGAGUAUCAGUUGCACAGGGAGCAAAACUCGGACAUCUGUAUCAGUGGAGUGAAUAAGACUCAUGUGUUCAUCAGUUCUGGUGAAGAUGUCCGUCUGCCCUGUAAUAAUACUCUUCAUGACUGUAAAUCAACUACAUGGCUCUAUAAUAACAGAUUCAGAGAUUCAGCAGCAGUUGAACUGAUUAAAUUAGGGGAAAUUAAUAAAGACAAAGACAAAGACACAGAGAGUCAUGAGAGACUGAGUCUGGGGUCUGACAGCUCUCUGAACAUCAGGAACAUCUCAACAGAAGAUUAUGGAUCUUACAUCUGCAGACAAUAUGUGAAUUACAGACAACAAGGACCUGAUGCUGGUGUUUAUCUGCAUGUUCUUCAUGUCUCAUCCUCACACACUGAGAUCAGUGCAGGUCUCUCUGUGACUCUCUUCUGUCGGCUGUAUUCAUAUCCUCAAGUCUCUUGUGAUGAUUCGGGUCGUUCUGAGAGAAUUCAUCUGUUCUGGGUGAAUCAGGCUGGUGUUAAACUGAAUAUAUCAGACUCCAGAUAUCAGAUAUCAUCCUCAUCAGAUCACUGUAUCAUCUCUCUGAAUAAAACACUCCUGAAUGAAGAUCACAACAGAGAGUGGAGAUGUGAAGUUACUCAGGGAGAUCAAGUCAAGACCUCAGUCACAUACACUGUCAAGAGUUCAGACUCUGAGUUGGUACUUCCACCUAUGUCAUGGCUGAGGAAGAAGAUGCACAGGCGCAUCACAAAGUUACCUGUGUAA